AUGCUCUCCAAGGUACUCGGGUUCGUCUCGCUCGCCGCGGCGGCGGCGGCGGCGCCUCUCCAGAGCCGGGCCGCGCGCACCUCGCCGCCCGAGGGUUGCCUGACGGUGGGCAGCUCGGGGACGUACAAGACGGUCCAGUCGGCGGUGGAUGCGCUGAGCAGGUCGGCGACGUCGGAGCAGUGCAUCUUCAUCUACGGGGGCACGUACCAGGAGCAGGUCACCAUCCCGGCGCUGCGGUCGGCGCUGGUGGUGUACGGCGAGACCGAGGACACGAGCAGGUUCUCGGCCAACAAGGUGACCAUCACGCAGUCGCGGAGCCAGGACGAUUCGGCCGACAACGACGCGACGGCGACGCUGCGGGCGCACACGGCCAACCUGCGCGUCUACAACGUCAACCUGGUCAACACGCGCGGCAAGGGGUCGCAGGCGCUGGCACUGAGCGCACAGGCGGACCGGCAGGGCUACUACGCCUGCCAGUUCCGCGGCUACCAGGACACGGUGCUGGCCAACGAGGGGGCGCAGGUGUACGCGCGCAGCUACGUCGAGGGCGCCACCGACUUCAUCUUCGGCCAGCGCGCCCGCGCCUGGUUCGACGCCGCCGACAUCCGCGUCCUGGCCGCCUCCAAGGGCUACAUCACCGCCAACGGCCGCGACUCGGCCGACAACCCGUCCUACUACGUCAUCCACAACUCGGCCGUCUCGGCCCGCAGCGGCGACUCCGUCCCCGCCGGCGCCUACUACCUCGGCCGGCCGUGGCGCAACUACGCCCGCGUCGUCUUCCAGAAGACCAGCCUGUCCGGGGUCGUCAACGCCGCCGGCUGGAGCGUCUGGAACACGGGAGACGAGCGGACGGACGAGGUCGAGUUUGGCGAGUACGGAAACACGGGCGCCGGCGCCGGCGCGUCCGGGUCCCGUGCCGCCUUCGCCAAGCAGCUGUCCGCCCCCGUGAGCAUCGAGACCGUGCUGGGCAGCGACUACGCAAGCUGGGUCGACACGUCGUACCUGUCGUAG